AUGACUUUGAAGGACUUGACGCCGUCCCAAAUUGUAAGUUUUUUACAGUCUUGAAGUGUUUGAUUUUCUGAUUUUUCAUCAUAAAGUUAUGUUGCAGGAACUUUUCGAUGCGUGUCGUCAAGGUGAUUAUGAGUGCGUCCGCUCGCUUUUAUCGGCCAAAAAGCACAAACGUCCAAGGACCCCAUUGAGGUAAUGAUUAUUAAACUUUAUCCAAUUUCGAAAUUUUGAGUGAAAAACUCCCGAUGAAUAUCUAUGAAAGCAUUUAGAAACCUGAAAAUAAUUUUUAUCUGAUUCUAUGGAAAAGCUGGGAGAUUCAAUUGAAAAAAACUGAUGUUAUCUUUUUGGAAUAAUUCUAAACUUUUGUGCUCUCUUUCUCUCUCACAGUCCUUAAAAAAACAAUUCCUAUUAAAGUGCAACCGACUAAGAAGUGACUUGCGCGUGGACGAAAUUAUUUAACAAUUUUCUGAUGUGUUUUGCCAAACUUUCCAAAUUUAUAGAUGUUUUCGCUAUCUUAAUGAUGCCUUUCUGAAGUAAAAAAAAAUAAUGAGUGUAUUCCUGCUGCCAAAAAACCGCUAUUGACAACCUACAUCUUAUAUCUUCGAGGUGAAAAAUCUGUUGUUUUUUUUGCCGAAAACAAGAACGUAUUCAGCAAUACGUGUAACACGAUUCCUCUAGACGGCGAUUGUUUUUAUCCAUUCUUAUCCGGCUUCGAAUCUCAUUAUCGAAGCUCAAAGCUGAUGAAUAUAGUGGCCGGGGGAUUAAUUAAAUUUUAGAGGAGUUGAUCAAAUCGGAGUGUGUUUAGCAUAUUUCGGGCUUCGUCGGCGUCGAACCAUCUGGCAGCUCUGAGAGAUCCGACAUCAACGUAUACGACACUCCACUACUCGGCUCUCAAAGGACAUGAGCAAAUCAGCAAGUAUGAGACGUUUUGA